AUGAAUAGAAGGUCGGCCUUGCAUGCAUGGCUUCCACGUUUGGUACUAAAGAAAGCACGUGUUAAGCUCAUAUUUAGCUUCAUGUCAACAACUCUUUGCUGUCCCUCCGCCGACUACUUUCAAAAACUCAAACUCUCUCCCAGGAACCAGCAAAAAAUCAUCUCUGUCUCUCUUCCAAUAUUCUAUCUUCGGAAAUUUUCAUCUUUGAGCAUGUCUACGGCACCAAGAG